AACUCCCCAAGAUGCACCUCUAAUUCCUCCUCCCCCUUUUUUCCUUUCCUUUCGUUUCUCUUUCCCUUCAUUGUUGUUCUUUCAAAUUUGCAAUGAGUUUCUUUGUGGAAGAUCCGGGGCUGAUCGUAACCCAUCUCCUUUACAGAACAGCUGUUGUUUUAGCAGUUUUAAGAUGGGUCUUCUCCUGGGUACUUGGUUUCAAAGACAUGAGCUUGUUUAGUAUCAUUUUUUCAUAUUCCGACUCCCAGGACAACUCUUCUUCAUCUUCCUCUGUUUCUUCGCAAAUGAUUACAGACAGUUUGGUGCUGACAACCUUUGAAUAUGCUAAGGACAGGGUACCUUGGGUUUCCGACACGUGUGCGGUCUGCUUGAGUCAGCUGAAGGAAGGUGACGAGGUCAGAGAAUUGAGGAACUGUUGCCACGUGUUCCAUAGAAAUUGCAUUGACAGGUGGGUUGACUACGAUGAAGAUCAAGAUCACAACCACCAAGAUCAUGAUCAAGAAGACAAUGACAAUCACAAAACUUGCCCACUUUGCAGGGCCCCUUUACUCACUUCUUCACAAUGCUUGGUGUGGCCGAAGAAUGAACCCAGCUGGGCCGUCGAGCGCCUUCUUUACCUAUUCGGGGACGAUCUUCUCCCUUGAUCCACGUCAUUUACCUAUUCUCUUCAGUUUUUUUUUUCUUUUUACAUAUUGUUUGCUCAAUUAAUCACUGAGAUAGAGCUUGGAGCAAUGGUUAUUGUAUAUUUUAGUAGUCAGUCGAUAGUUUCAGCGUAGCGAAAAGGGUCAAUUUUGUUCGUUGGAGUGGUCAAAACUCUAGAAGCUUGACCCUUUUAAUAGUGGUAUUUAUAUAUAAAUGAAUACGUCUUAAUUUUUUAUUUUAUUUU